AUGCCUAUCACCAACGGCGACGUUGCCAGAGAUGGCCCUUCCCUCAACCGAAACGUCGAAAAACUCGACAACCGCAAAGCGGUCGAAGUCCUGAAGGCCGAGUACCCUACUCCUGAUGGACUCGAUGUUCACACCCUCCUCGAUUCGGCCAAAAACGGCGCCUUGACCUACAACGACUUCCUCAUCUUGCCUGGGUACAUUGGCUUCGCCGCGUCCGAAGUGACCCUUGAUUCUCCCAUCACCAAGCGGAUUUCGCUCAAGACUCCCCUUCUGUCCUCUCCUAUGGACACUGUGACGGAAGAUUCCAUGGCCAUCCAUAUGGCUCUUCUGGGAGGACUGGGUGUCAUCCAUCACAACUGUUCGGCCGAUGAUCAGGCGGAAAUGGUCCGUAAGGUCAAAAGAUACGAGAACGGUUUCAUUUCAGACCCCGUCGUGCUCUCACCCAAGACCACUGUUGGCGAGGCCAAAGAACUUAAGGAAAAAUGGGGAUUUGGAGGGUUUCCGGUUACCGAAAACGGCCAACUCAAGUCCAAGUUGAUUGGCAUUGUCACAACUCGCGAUAUCCAGUUCCAUCCUCGCCCGGAUGAUCUGGUUACAGAGGUCAUGUCGAAAGACUUGAUCACCGCACCUGCUGGGACUACAUUGGCGGAAGCCAACACUGUCCUUCGCGAAUCACGAAAGGGAAAGCUUCCCAUUGUUGACAGCAACGGUAACCUAGUCUCUCUGUUGUCGCGUUCCGAUCUCCUCAAGAACCUGAACUACCCCCUGGCUUCGAAAUUGCCCCACUCGAAGCAGCUCAUUGCUGCGGCGGCUAUUGGUACUAGACCAGAGGACAAGAUCAGACUGCAGAAACUGGUUGACGCUGGACUUGAUAUUGUGGUUCUGGACAGCAGCCAAGGCAACAGCAUGUAUCAAAUCGAGAUGCUCAAGUAUGUCAAGGAGACCUAUCCGCAACUCGACGUCAUCGCUGGAAACGUGGUGACUCGUGAGCAAGCGGCGAAUCUCAUCGCUGCCGGUGCCGAUGGCCUGAGAAUUGGCAUGGGCAGCGGCAGUGCCUGCAUCACGCAGGAAGUCAUGGCCGUGGGUCGUCCUCAGGCCACGUCAGUUUUUUCCGUGGCGUCUUUUGCCUCUCGCUUCGGUGUCCCCUGCAUUGCCGAUGGUGGCAUUCAGAACGUGGGUCACAUUGUCAAGGGGCUUGCCGUGGGCGCAUCUGCUGUCAUGAUGGGUGGUCUCCUUGCCGGUACCACCGAGUCUCCUGGAAACUACUUUGUGAGCCGUGAAGGUAAGCUCGUCAAGGCUUAUAGAGGAAUGGGCAGCAUCGAUGCCAUGGAAGACAAGAAGGCCGGUGGUGGUGCCAAGGACUCCAAGGCCAGCAACGCCGGUACCGCGAGAUACUUCUCCGAGGGCGACAGACUGUUGGUCGCUCAAGGUGUGUCUGGCGCAGUUCCCGACCGAGGCACGGUGACCAAGUUUGUCCCGUAUCUGCUGGCCGGGCUGCAACACUCCCUUCAGGACAUUGGGGUUAAGAGUCUGACUGAACUACGUGAAAACGUCGUCAGCGGCAAGGUGCGCUUUGAGCUCCGCACCGUCAGUGCUCAGGCCGAAGGCAAUGUUCACGGUCUGGACAGCUUCGACAAGAAAUUGUACGCUUAG